AUGAGAGUUGAAGAGCUGCUGGGUGAUGCAGGAAAAGGAAAAGGCUGUGAUGAUGUGCCCUCAGGGGCUGAAGGAAUAGAUAAAUUAAAUGAUCUUUUGGAGGUGCACAGAUCCCAUCCCUCAGUCCAGGGGCGAGAUUGGGCUAAAAACCACUGGUUCCAACCACAAUGUGUGGUGGAUCAGAUAAAGGUAUUGCAAAAGGAAGCUAAGGUUAGAAAAGGAAAAGCUAUAAUUUGUGCAGUGUUAGGAGUGAGCCUGGUAGCUGCAAUGGAAGAGAGAAAGGAGAAGUCUAGUCAAGCUGACACUUUAAUAGACUCACUGCAGACGGUCAUACAGACCCUGCAGAACCAAUUGAGAGACAGCAAAGAAUUGUUAGAGGAGGAAAGGAAUCAAAAUAGAAUAUUGAAAGACGAAUUGAGGGAAUACAUUUUGGCAGAGACAGAUACACAUGCCAAGGCAGAAGUGAAACUUUUGGAGAAGGGGAUACGUCAAAUCUAUCCCCAAGGAGAUUUGCAGAAGGCAAAAGAAACUGUAGAAAGUCACCCCCACAUGUAUCCAUUGGUUAAAACAGAGUAUGUGUAUGAGGACGACAGUGAUAACCAUCCUCAGGUUAUCACCAAGGAAGUCCUAUUUACAGCAACUGAAUUGGCAAAGCUGAGAAAAGAUUUUUCAAAGACUGCAAAAGAAUCGGAGACAGAGUAUGUGUGGAGAGUGUCUCUGUCAGGAGGAGAUGGAAUUUUGUUGUCAGAGAAAGAAGCAGAAGGAUAUUGGGGACCGGGUGUGUUUCUAACCACCGGUGACUGCUGAGCCCCAUGGUCAUUGACUCAAAGAGUUGCAUACUCGGCCGGAGUGCUGAACCCCUUGGAGAGGGGAGAUCCCCUUGCCGUAACGGGCACAGUGGAUCAGUUAGUGGAAAAUAUGCAGAAGGCAGCUUGUCUGCAAAUGAUGUAUGAUCGGGAGCUCAAGUCCAACUGAGGCUCCCCGAUGAUGAUGCCUGUGGACCCAGAGAGGAUGACUCCCCUGAUACGAGGACUCCCUGACUCCCUGAAACCCAUUGCUAUUCAAUUGCAAGGGAAGAUUCAAAACACUCCUAAUGGAGAAAGAAUGACGGCCGCUCUGGAAGGGAUGGUGACCCCUGACCAUCAAUGGCCAGGGAGGAAAGUAUGGACAUGGGGAGAUGUAGCCCAGGAAUUGAUUAAUUUUGGGAGAAAAUAUGGUCCCGUUGGGGGAUCGUCCCAAAGAACUGAGACCAGGGUCAUGCGGCUGCAGAGCUCAUUAGUGGAGAGGCCUCUAACUCAACUGGGAUUGUGGCAACUAGGGCUUUAGAAAGGCAUUCCUCAGAAAUUGAUGGAUGGACUCAUGACUCAAAAAUCAGAACAACUUGUGGAGAAAUGGCCAGAGAGAAAGGUCACUUCCAAACCAACCCCUAGUGCUCCACCCUUAAUAGAUCUUGGGGAGGAGCCGACUGGAGAAAAGAAGGUGAUGGGAAACUAG